CCAGCCCAUGCUGCUUGGCAAGCAGCUCUCCCAGCCCCGGGCAGACAGAGCUCCCAAGAGGAAGCGUUCCUGCCGCUCCUACCCGGGGAUCUCUGCCUGCUGCCGGAGCCAGCCCGUGUCGGAGCUGCGGCUCCAGCCCGAGCUGUGGCCAGCUGAGCAAUCCAUCCCCGGCGGGCAGCAGGCAGAUAUCAGCUCGCAGCCCUGCCUGCGCAGCUCCACACCACACCCCUCCAACGCGGAUCGCUAGGGGAGGAUCACACUCAGCUCUGAUUCAGGAAUUCCCUCUUUCUUCAAGAGCUGUUGCUAGGAGUUGGGAAAAAUGAAGGGAAGAAAGAAGGGACGUUCCUCACCUUCACCCUUUAUCUUGCUACUCUUCUGUAUAGCCAGGCACGCAACUGCUGAGCUGGAUGACAGCAAAGAAGAGCAUGUUGUGGGCGCUGCUUUGCCUCCACUGAAGCUGGUGCACUCGUUCUGUGCCAUGAAAGCAGACGAAGGCCCGUGCAAAGCCAUCCACAUCCGAUAUUUCUUCAGCAUCAAGAGCCGCAAGUGCGAGGUGUUUGAAUAUGGUGGAUGCCAUGGCAAUGAGAACAACUUCCUGACGCUGGAGGAAUGCCAGGAGAAGUGUGUGCCAAAAGAUUUUCCUCAGAAGAUGGCAUUAGCAAAAAAUAAGAAAGCAUUGUUUCUAGGACAGCCUGACUUCUGCUUCCACGCCCAAGAGCCCGGGGUCUGCCGAGGGUAUUUUACCAGGUACUUCUACAACAAAGAGACAAAAUUGUGUGAGGCAUUCAAGUAUGGUGGGUGCCUAGGAAACCAGAACAACUUCAGGAGUUUGGAGGAGUGCCAGAAUACCUGCCAAGACAACUCUGUUACAGCUGAAGAACACCCCAGCACUGUGAACAGCAGUUCCCCAGCAGCAGAACACCCCAGCACUGUGAACAGCAGUUCCCCAGCAGAAGAACACCCCAGCACUGUGAACAGCAGUUCCCCAGCAGAAGCACCCAGCCAGUCUCCUGAGAUUUUUGGUAACUUGCUGCCAGCUGCUCCAAAUGAGGAGUCCAACACCCUGAACAGCAGUUCCCCAAAGGAGGAGCCCAACCAGUUCCCCAUUUUUUUUGAACCUCCUCCUAUCCCUUCCUUGUGCAUGACCCCCAUGGACAGAGGGCUUUGCAGAGCCAAAGAAUUGAGAUUUUUCUACAGCUUCUCAACUGGAAGGUGUCACCCCUUUAGCUACAGCGGUUGUGGUGGGAAUGAGAAUAAUUUCAUCUCCAGGAAGUCGUGUUUGAGGAUCUGCAAGAAAGGUAUGGGAAGUGCUACUGGCCCCGGCUAUGGCUCAGAGGAUUCAAUAAGAAAAAAGGUGAAAGAAGAUUGAUAAGAAUCAAGAAAAAAAGAAAGAAACAGCCAGUAAAGGCCCUGGGCAUGGAAAUCAUCCCUGAAGCAAUGCAACUUUGAUUUUUUAUGGAAAUGUGAUGUAAACUGCUCUUCACCUGUGAAUGAAAACCUUCAGUGUAUACCAUUAAAAUAUAUUUACUGAUUAUUUUGAUUAUAUAUUACUAAGCUGCUUAUAUUUUUUUAUGUAUUCCUCAAUCAUGUUAAUAAACAUUACCUCUUACUUUGCUAAAGGUUUUUUAAUUGCUGUUUGCUCGUAUAUAAUUGUCAGAGCAGCAGCAGGACAAUAAACUGUGUGAGUGAAUGGUUAAAAUGCAGAGAAAAUUCACAUUUAAUUUCUUACCUUAUUCCUUUUGAAUUCUGUUUUUGUACUAAAGAAAGCAUAAUACUUGUGAAAGAAUAAUGACUAGUCAAGCAUGAUUGUUUCAAUCAUCGAUUAAAAGAUAGGUGUAUUGCUAUAAGAAAGGAAUAGGUACUGGAUUUGUUUUAAUCAGAUUUAUUUUAGGUUCCGCGGGCCUAGAUUUAACUCCAUUGAAGUGCAUAUAAUUACAGUACUGUAAAAUGAAUAUGAAAUCAGAAUUAACCCACAAAAAUCCAUAAAGGGAGUGUUAAAGCUGUAAAGGUGUAAAGCAGAGUGCCAAAUUUUUUGGAAGGAUUUAUAAUUGUAUGUGCUGGCGUCAUUGAUUUUUAUCCUUGUUACUGAUCUAGACUCAUGGCUAAGCUUUACUGCUGAAAUUGUAAAAAAAUUAUGCAUUCUAAAUACCAGAAUGAGGGGAUAAGUAAAAUGAGAUUUUUAUACUGAAUUUUUAUCCAAAUCUGUUUCCUGGUGCUUAAGUCCUUUCAUGGCUCUUUCAAUCUAGGAUGCAUUAAUUCUGAUUUGAAAGAUUCUCAAGGAACAGGAGUGUACAGCAGAGAGCACUAAUGUAGAGCCUUGUUAUGUAAAAUGUAUGAGCACCACAAACUGCCACUGCAAUAACCCCAUAAAAUAAAGUGCAGGAACCUAUAAACUCCACAAAAUUAAUUUGGCACAUUUUGUCCCCCGGUUUCAGUUUCAAUUUGCUGUCUUCCUGUUCUGGUUCCUCACUCUGCCCUUUCUCUCCAGGUUUUGCUGCCCUUCCUGCACCAGGAGUGGAGUGUGUAGGUGUGUGUGCCCUGCACAGGAGCAGAGCAGCAGGGGAAAUACGCAGACCAGCUGGAGUCCCUCCCUGCAGAUAAGUGGAGAACCCAUGGAUUAAACUGCUCCCAGACCUCUCCACUUGUCCCAUGGCACCUGCCUGAGCACAGCAGGUCACGUGCCUCUCCAGGGCCAGUGGAUUUAGGCACAUUUGGGUCAGGAUUUGCCCUUAUGCCAUGGUUACCCUGCUUGUGUCUGCCUGGCCGGGGAUGCAAGUGAGGGCACAAAUGUCUGCACCUCCCUUGUCUGCAUCUUAUGGUCAAGCCAGUAAAAUAUCUGAUCUUCCACACUUAGCUGUAAAUAUUUCCCAUGGGCUGCCAGUAUACUAGAUUACAUGAUGUACCUC